AUGGCGCAACAGGCAGAUGGAGGAGAAGCGCGUGGCGACAGGCCCCGAACAAUACCAAUUGAUGUCAAGGAGACUCAGAAGACCUUUAUUGUGGCUGCUGACAUACCUGGAAUCCCAAAGGACAAGGUCAAGGUGAAUAUUGACAACGGCCUCCUGGCCAUCGUUGUGGACAAGUCAGUGCUGGAUGCGAAAGAGGGAAAUCAGCAGGAGAAGGAUCAGGAACGGAUGCUCAGGAAGGAGCGUUCCCAGAAUUACGAGCCGCGCUCGGUCCGAUUGCCACCCUCUGCAAAUCUGCAGAAGGCCAAGGCAGAGUUCAUCGAUGGCUCACUCCUCAUCAUCAUCCCAAAGGUAGAGAAAGCACGCGAGCGCAAGAUUGAUGUGCAGUAA